AUGUUUCGCGAGGCCGUGGAGGACGGCGAUGCAGCAGUGGUGAAGGCUAUUUUAUAUGCGGGAGCUUUGAACGAACACGGAUGGAUACCGUUGAUUACAGCAUCGAGCAGAGGGGAUAUUGACACGGUUAACAAUCUUCUCCUUGCCGGAACCGAAGUUGAUGGCAAGGAUAUUGUAUUUGGCCGAACUGCGCUCAGUUGGGCCAGUGCUGGUGGCCACAAGGAUAUCGUACAGCUUCUUCUUGACACAGGCGUGGAUGUCAACUCGGAAGAUAUCGAUGGAUGGACGUCACUGCACUGGGCUUCUGAGAGAGGGCACGAAGACGUAGUACGUCUUCUG